AACAAGUCUUCCACCCCUCGCCACCACAUACUAGGUCCUGCAUUUGUUCCUACACUUUCCAAAUGGAAGAAGCGAGACAUCAUACUUCACGAUCUCAUUCGCGUUCGCGCUCUAGAUCCCCAGCGCGCUACGAAGAGAAGCGAGCGGGGCACCACCAUCAUCACCGUCACCACCAUGCCCGUCAUCGCUCACACUCAGAUUCCCCACGACACGGCGGCAGCAGCAGUCGAAGCAGCCAAUUGCCUCCUCUUGAUAAACCGUUGCCCUUGAACGCUCGCCAGCUGUCGAAACAUGACCUGCCCACCCAUCGACCCAUGUUCGCUCUCUACCUCGACAUUCAAAAACGGAUAGACAUUGACGAACUCGACGGGACCGAAAUCAAAGGAAGAUGGAAGAGUUUUGUUUCGAAAUGGAACCGAGGAGACCUCGCUGAAGGAUGGUACGAUCCGAAGACUCUCGCAAAGGCUCAAGAACAAGAACGAGAACAAGCCCAAACACAAAGACAAAAUUCUUCACCCGUAAACGAUCGGUACGCUACCGAGCCCCGUGUCGGCAACAAUCAGGGUGACGAAGAGGAUGAGGACGAGGAUGACUACGGCCCUCCACCGCCAGACUCGGCCAUGGUAUCACAAGGGCACGCUUCAGGGUCAAAAGAUGGAUGGCGUGGCCACCACGGUGCUACAAUUCCUUCGUUACAAGAUCUCCGGUCCCGCGACGAACAAGCGAGAGAAGACGCCGACGAGGAGCGAGCUGCACAACAACAAAACCUAAAACACUCGCGCGCCCUCGAUCGGAAACUACAACGCGAACGUCUCGACGAGAUGGCACCCCGCGCCGAACCGGGCACGAGGGAACGACAACUCGAGAAGAAGCGGGAAAAGGCCGAGUCCAACCGUGCGUUUGCGUCGGCCAAAGACGGAGGCGGCGAGGUGGAGGUGCGCGACGCGGACAUGAUGGGCGACGAGGACAGCCUGGGCGAAAUCAAGAGGAUGCAAAAGGAGCGCGAGAGGAAAAAGAACGAAAGGGAACUGCGCAAGGAGGAGAUCCUCCGUGCCCGUAGAGCUGAACGAGAGGCCCGCGUCGCCGGCAUGAAGGAGAAGGAGGAGAAGACGAUGAGUAUGCUCAGAGAAAUUGCACGGCAGAGAUUCGGAGGUGGUGGCAACACCGAUGAUGGGUGAAGACAGAGAAUUUAGUUGAUGUAAAAAGGUACAUAGAUACAACAAUUGUUCUCUCG